AUGCUGAAGCGCGCGGUGGGAUGGUGGAGAUGGCUGGCGUUUCUCUUGUUGCUCCUGCCAGAAAUCAAUGGAUCGGGGCUGUGGAUGAAAUAUGGUACCUUGCAGUGGAGACAAAGUCAGGAAAGGAGCGUGCGAUUCAUUAUUUCGACUGCAUGGCCCUUGUCCUCGUGGAGGUUGUUGAGAGGAGCACCGAAGAUAGGAGACGUUGUGGACCUAAGAUCGAAUGUGACGGAUAAGAACAUGCAGCUGUUCUUGAGCUUCGGAGACGGGAACUCCCUCGGCGAGUCGCAAUCUCCUCUGACCUCUGCAUCUAGCUGCGCGACUGACGGUUCGUGCCUCUCUGCUGAGAUAAGGGGGAUCGAUGAAGCUGAGGAUCUCGUGUUUGCGCUGGUCAUAGUCGACCAUACAUACUCACCCUCAGAUGGCGGGACGGUUGACAACUAUAACAUCUUCUUCUCAGGCUGCUGCAAACCAAUCAGCGGGCUAGACAACAGCGCAGGCUGUAUGUACAAGAUAACAUCGUUGGUCUCACUGAACAGUACGGACUACACCCAGUCAGCUUUGUUUGCUCAGACUCCGAUUGUCAACGUCUCGUUGGCCAUCUCUACCACUAUUCAGCUCUUUGCCUAUCACCCCACUCAGCAAGUAACCUUCGCGAUUGGGACAGACUCUGACUACGGAGGAGAUACCAUGUCAUGUAUAUCUACCACGAAGGGAGCGCCUUACGAUGUCACUGUGGAUGCGUCAAGCGGACUUAUCUUUGUUCCGCGUCUGAGCAGAGAGUCGUACUACUCCAUCGUUGUGCGGGCAUGGACCACCGACGUGAUCUUCACAACAAUGGAAUUCUACAUCCGUGUCCGUCCGACACCGGCGGGUUUCUCAAUUUCUGACCUGCCGGCAGGGCUACAAUACGCGAGGACGGCAGAAAGUUUCAUCUGCGAUCAACUGAAUUCAGUAGUUGUCCGUGCCGUCCUCUCGCAGCCGACCCUCAACUUCUACGUCACCAACAGAGACUACUUGCCGACCUUUCAAAACGUGUCGAGGUUUGGCCAGCGCCUUCCCCAGCUCGAAGUCAUCCCAGACACGCAAGGACUCCUGUACCAAUUCUUGUGGAACCCUCCCUGUGAGAGCCUCCAAGAGCAGAAGAUGUACACCUACACAGGAAGGCAUCUCCUUGACACGUUUGCUGCUUGCUUUCAAGUCAAGCAACUCACCAGCAGCCUGAGCGUGCCAGACUUCCUGGUGUCUCUGUCACAUCCAUCUUGCUAUUUCCUUCCAGUCAUUCGAUGCACAACCCCGCAGCUUCAGAUCAAGGACGAGGAUGGACGAGACUUGCUGCCCUCCUACGUUGUUCAGGCCGGGAACUUCACAACCUUCACAGCGCUCGCAAAAGAUGAUCCUCAGACGCAGGUUCUUGACUUGAAGCUCACAGACAAUUCUUUAGGACCAGGAGGAGAUAUCGAGAUCAGCCCAGCAGCAUGUGUCUCUGGCUCUUUUUCUCCGAUCGUGCGAGAUCGUAACCAGAACUGCACGGAGGUGAUGUUCAAGAACAGUUCGCUCCCGUCAUCAGUCAACAAUAUCAGGUUCGCGUUCAGCCCGAAAACGAAUCUAUCUGCUGGAACUCGCAUAACUAUCUCAGGUUCUUCGACAGCAACGAAUGACAGUGCAUGGAAAAUCAAAUACACCAAGCAUUCGAGCAAUCUGGUCGCCAAUUAUAAUCAGCUUGAGUUUUAUGUUCAACCAAAGUACUUCAUGCCGGAGAAUCAAACAAUUGAGAUAGCUGGACUGAUUGGAACACGAGUUGUAUGUAACAAGGAUCCUUCGUGGAACGUCCAGCAAUCUUUCUCGGUUCCUGUAGGAGUUCCUGUUUUCUUUUUGUGCGGAACGUCAUGUACAAGGAACAACCUCUUCUUUGACUUGCGCAAUCAGACUAGCGCUCUUGCAAUUUACUUUCCAUCCAUUCAAAUUCCUUAUCAAGCAAGUGUUCAAAAGGUUUUACUUAGUUUGACGGUUGUAGAAGCCUUGCAGCAAAACCUUACCAUCAGGAUUCGCACCAUCAAUCAUGUGAACCCUCCUUUGAGCAUGCUUUUUCAAAAUGUGAGCACAUUCAAAAAGUCGGACCAAUUUGUGGAGUGGAAGUUAACUUCGUCCACCUCAACUGGCAUCGCCUUCUCUCUUGACUUGUCUCUUCUCUUUCAGGAGAAGUUUGAUGAUUCUCUGUGGAAGGAGGGAAAUGCGGUCUCUUUGUUCUUCGAGAUGACUUCGCAGGGUUGCAACUCUCCAUCCUGUGUGAUCAACUUUCAAUACUCCAACAUCAACAUCCUGUACACGUGCCCGCAAAUAGAGAAAUAUGUGAAGAUGCAUGAAAUGGGGAAGGAUCCAGCAAAGUAUUCUAUGUCGUUGGCUGUGAGUUGGAAUCAAAACACAGGAGUGAUUCUGAUUCGGCUUCCCCUCAGCCUUUCUCUUCUCAAUGACCGUAUCUAUCGUUUUGUCUUCACUGUGCAAAACUCCUUGACAGCCCAGCCUGCUCCUACUGUGACCCUCAGAACGUACAAUGAUACUGGUCCAUUCUGUGGUAAAGCGAUAUCUACUCUCAUCUGCUCUAGCAAGCGUGAGACGUUUGAUCACAACAUUUCAGUUACAGUGGAGUUCGAUGAGUACAAUACUGUCUUGGUGCAGGGUUUGAAUGGAAUCGUGAAAAAUGCUUCUCUUAACUAUCUUUCUGCCGUGCGGGGUACUGUUUUCAGCUACAAGAAUUUCACGAAUGGUAUUCUAUCGUUUACGAUCAACUCAGGAACCAAGAUAUUUUCAAACUUCACAUACUCCUUGUCAUUUACUGUUGUUAAUGGUGAUACAGUGCAACGCGGUCAAAACAUCUCAAUGCUCAUUGUGGGCAUCACCAACGGAGAUUUCACCUCUUGUGCCUCUGCAAGCGGAGACUCGGCUCCUUUGAGAAUACGAGUCUGGGAUAGUAUUUACGCUUCGCAGUCAAACUCCGAUAGAGAUUCUGACUUCACUUUGCUACUUAAUUUCACCUCUCAAGUUUUUCUCGAGACGAAUCAGAGAAUAACGGUCAGAGGAUUUCAAGACAUGAAUUUACAGUCAAAUCUAAUUCUGGAUAACUCCACAACUACCUCUGGUCUCAGUUUCGUCACUUUCGAGAAUUCAAAACAAGAUGCUGUCUUGGUCGUGACGACUACGCUGGCUGCUAGUCAAGUAUCACUUGGCGUCUUGCUGCGGCAUGGCAGCAAUCCAAGAAUUGGGAACGAUAUGUACGUAUCUCUCGGGGGGGUCCUUUCUUCAUCUUUUGAGUUGGUCACUACCGGAGCAUGCGAAGGUCGACCGUUCUACGUGAAUUCGAUAUCAAUCAAAUCAAAUUUCAGUCGCGUGCUUUUGCCUGUUUUCGAAUGCAUCUCGUGGAUAUCUGACAUUGGUAGCCUGUCCAUGAGGCUGAAAGCGAACGUCGAAGCAGGAGAGGAUCUGCGGUGGAGUAUGGAUGUGAUCAAUGAUAUACACACUCAAGCAGCUCCCAAGGUAAUCGUCGGGAUCAAUGAGGCAGGAUGGGAAUAUGUCGACACUCCUCAAGGAGAAAUGGCUGCGCUGAACAUUAGUGCCUGGAGCUCCAGCUCGAUCUCACAAACGAGGUUUCUAGACUUGCUCGCUCCAUGUUCUUCAUCAUUGACGAGUGUUAGCAAUCAACCAGGAAGCAUCAACAUCAUCACAGUGUCGCUCAUGGCGGCCAUACCAAUCAGGAUAGGCUCAUUCGUGACUGUGAUAGGCCUCACAGGCACAGCCCCUUUGCCAUCAGAUUCGUACUACCUGCCGGCUGAUUGCGAUCCUUCUCCCUGUCUCGCUGUCAAUCUCAAGUGGGAUCGAAACACUGGGCAGCUUGAAAUUCAAGUUGUUCAAGAAAUUUCAGUGGGGCAGAGCAUGAUCGUCAAGCUGACUGUCAAGAAUCCAACAAGGACACAGCAAUCUCCGAUUGUUUAUAUCUGGGAAAAACUUGUUACGACGCAAAAUUCAACAGUCAUUAUUGCACCUGAGCAGAGGAUCGCCCACUGUCUAGAAAAUUAUGAUCCACACUACAACUCGUUGUGUUCACGAAUCGAGAUGUGGGAAGAGGCAACCAUUAGUCAAAGCAAUCCCUUUCCCGGCAGCAUCAAGUCACACAAUCACUUUCUCCGAAUUGCAUGGCAUAGCGACGCCAUCAAGUCCUUCACUCACCUCGCAGUGUCAAAACCCUGCAAAUGUUUCUACUUGCAGCGCUGUGGUUGUUCACUUGCCCUGAUUCUUGAACGGCCUCUCCAAGUCGAAGACAUUUUCCUUCAAAAUAUCCAGCCUUCCAGUGGCAUCUCUGCUACAGAAUGUGGUGAUCAGUGGCAGGUCGGGAUCAAUGAGACCUGGGUACUUGGAAAACAAACUGACGGGGAUCUUGUUGCAGAGCUACUACUGGCAGGAGUAACCUAUGAAUUCAAGUGGAAGAUCAAAAAUGGCAUGACCCCACAGACAGCAAGAUGCAACAAUCAUUGCGAGCAACUGAGGAAAGGUCUUGAAAACUUCUUUGUUUGCCUGAAGGUUGUAUCACAGAUCUCGUCUUCAUUCGUGUUAGACAUAGAAUUGAUUCUCGACGCAACUCGUCCGCCACCCCAGGGAUUCAAGAUGGAGAGUUUUGAGUGCCUUCAUUCGUCGGAAUUGCUUGUGGGCGUUCCACAGAGCAACUCCUCAAUCAAGUGCUCCGAUGUUCAUACUGGAUUCCUUUGGAAAGCAGCCCAGAGCGAUUGGGGUUUGAAGUCGCUGGUUUGCUUCCGAGCAGCAACUCAGACGCCGGUUUCUGUUGGUCUCUGCUUCCAAAUGAACGUGCUCAAGUGCAUAUAUUGCAUACAGCAAAACGAUUCUUUCGAAUCGCUUGCUAUUGAAUGGGGAUCAAACUGGUUGCAAAUCUGGUCUACCAACCUCAACAUUCUCGAUCCUGCAUCGUUAGAUAUUGGCCAAAAAGUUCUGAUAGGAGGGCUAUAUGCUCCUUCCCCAUAUGAUACCAGUGCAAUCCUGGUCAAGCAAUUCGCAACUUCCCCCGAGUCGCUUCGAAAGGCGAACCCGAACGAAGAAUGGGAUGCCGUGGACAAUGGAACAGCUUUCCUGUCACCUCACCGCCCCUUGUGUAUUAUACCCAAAAUUUGUACAGACAUCUGA